CUACGAGUUAAAGUUUGUGCUUUAUAGUUCUACUCUUUCUGGUGUCUUUUACACAGUACCGCUCCCACAGGGUUGUGGCGUAAACGACCCAGUAACGAUACGAGCGACCCCGAGUAGGCAGAAGCGAGUCUUAGUGGGAGACAGGACGUCACCUGCCUGACCAUCGUCCACACCACCUGCAGCAAGAUGGCGCUGGACUGUGGCACAGCAUUCGCCAAAUACCUGCUGUGCUUCUUCAACUUCAUUUUCUUCGCUGCUGGGGGGUUGGUGUUGGCCCUGAGCAUCUGGUUGGCUGUAGACAACACGUCCUUCCUGCUGCUGACGAGGGUGUCAGACAAUGAGAGCCUGCAACAUUUCAACCAGCCCUCCGUCAUGGAGCACGGGGCCUACGUUCUCAUCGUGGCUGGCGGCUUGGUCUUCCUUAUCGGCUUCCUUGGCUGUUGUGGAGCAGCGAUGGAGUCUAGGGCGCUGCUGACCAUGUACGGUCUGAUGAUCAUCAUUAUCUUCAUCUUGGAGGUGACAGGAGGAGCUCUCGCUGCUGUCUACAAGGCUGAGGCCAAAGAGGAGCUACAGAACUUCCUGAAGCACACACUUAAGAGGUACUACUCCACCCAGGACCAGGCUAACUCCGUCACCGUCGCCUGGAACGCACUCAUGGCUGAGCUCAAGUGUUGCGGGGUAAACAACUACACGGACUUCCAGCAAGCGAUCAUGUGGCAGGCGAACAAGUCGAGUGAGACGUUGGUGCCGAGAGCUUGUUGUGUUCUCGAGGGUGACCCCAUCAAGUUCCGUCCACUCGACCCCAACUGCCCCUCCAGCCCUGAUCAGGACAACUCCUACUACCUCACAGGGUGUCUGAGCAGGUUACAGGAGAGCACCUUCUACUACUUGACCCCCAUGUUGUCUGUGGCCAUCUGUCUGGGCACACUACAGCUAAUCCUCAUCACACUCUCGUUUUACAUGUGUAGGGCCAUUAGCAAGGCUCUCAAGGUUGCUACGGUAGACUGAUGCAGUGGGUGGAAAACCACAUCAACCUGCUCAUGGGGAUUGGCAUCGGUGUGGGCGUCUCUGAACUUCUCUCAAUGGCAUUGGCAUUCUGUGUGUGUUCCUCGCUGGGUCACAAGAUGCAGUGAGGCCAGCAGCAGUGCUGGCUCGCCACUCACAAGCAACACACGUGCUGCUCACCAUCUGAACACUGACUGAGCUACUGUGUUACAGUUUAGAAAGGAGGAAUGUGGUCUAGAGAAUAAAUGAGAUAAGGAAAAGAGGCGAAUGAGACCAUAUCAGAAAAAAAGGUGUUCAAUAAAUUUUUAAAUUAUUAUGUACAUGUUAUUGGAAAUAUGAAAUCAGUCUUUGGUUUUGUCUUAAAUUAAUUCAAUUGAAAGAUUAAAGUAUCUGAGGAACUUUUGCAGAAAUAUAUUUUUUUUAAUUUAAUCAUAUAACAUUAAAGCAUGUAAUAUGCAUAUUUUUAUUUGUUACAAGUCAAAUGCAACAAUGUUCCCAGGAACAAGACAUAUCUUCUAAGAUUUCACUCGUAAUAGGACUUGGUUGCAUGAACCAGAUACUGGUUAUUGAUGUGUUAGAGCGCCGGAGAAGUCUGUCCCAACACUUCUCAUUGUCCCAGUUUUAUUCUCUAUUUUUAGCACCAUAUUUCCAGUGUUUCUCCUCUCUUGUUAAACCUGUCUGCAUUGUCUUGUUUUAUUUUGAUUGUGUUAUCCUCAUUUUAUCACUUCAUAUUAUCAUUCUCUUCCUGCCUACUUGGUCUUCAGGGCGUUAUAUUGUAUCCAGUCGUUUUCAUUGCUUCCCAUAGAA